AUGCUUGGUGAUCCAUCGGUGAGGCUGCGGGAGGCAGUCAUUGAAGGAAACCUGCUGAUAGUGAAGAGGCUGCUUCGACGAUUCCCCGAAUAUCUGACAAACGUGGAUCCAUCCAACGGCUGGUCGUCGCUACAUUAUGCCUCAUACAAUGGAAGAUAUCUGGUGUGUGUUUAUCUAAUUCAGCUGGGACAUGACAAGCAAGAACUAAUGACGACUUUCAAGGGCAACACUUGCGUCCAUCUGGCGUUGAUGAACGGUCAUGAGCAAACCACACACUUGCUGCUACAGCACUUCCCCCGAUUCAUCGACCGGCCCGGAGAGCAUGGAAGAACUCCAGUGCACAUUGCAUGCAUGCGCGACCACUACCAAUGUCUAGGGCUGUUGAUGGGAGUUGGCGCCAAGCUGAAUGUCCAAGACGACGGUGGAGACACCCCACUCCACAUAUGUCUACAGUAUGGCAGCAUAAGCUGCAUGCGGAUACUGGUGUUUGAUGGCAGGAUUGUGGGUGACAACGUCAAGAAUAACUACGACCUAAGGCCUAGCGACGUGGCUGAGACGUUUGAUCUCGCCAAGGUGUACGCCAAGAUGCUGAAAGAUGCCCAAGUGCCCGGUGUGCUGGGAAAGCCGAGCUACAGCUCCUUCCGAACGCCCGUUCUGGCCUCCAAGGGCGUUUUUGACGACGGUCCAUCUCCGGUCUUGACGAUGAAUUCGCCAUACUCGCUCUACUCGCAACCGGCUCCAACGCCGCAACUGCCGAGAAUCCCGCCUAGUCGCAGGCCCUCCACGACACGCAGCAACAAGUCUCCUGGCGCCGGCGCCCCGCUGCCGUCGAGACUCGCAUCGAAAGAUUCCUCUCUUUCCGCUUCAAGCUCCUCGCUGCAUAGAAAGCCCACAAACAUCACCAGAUCGUCCGCGGAGGCAUCGCCGUCAAAGAAUGAAGACGCACCCGCGCCGGACGACAACGCCUCAGACGCAAACCCUGAAGCCAGCGCUUCGCCGCUGGCAGGAUCGCCCAGAAACGAGCCGCGAAGAAGAGUGUCCCUGUUGAACAUCCCGAUAACAAAACUACGUUUACAAGGGUCCCAGUAG